AUGGAUCCUCAUGGAGAACACUACCUCAACAAAGACGCUGUGCUCUCUCCUCUGGGCGCAGCUCGAAUGUGCCAGCUGGGGUUUGGCUGCAUCAUCAUGGCCCUGGUGUCUCACGGCGCAGGAUACAGCGCCACCUACGGGAUCUUCUGCAUGUUCGUGUGGUGUUUUUGCUUUGCUGUCUCACUGGUGAUCUUCACACUGGACAUCACGCGGCUGCACGCCUGCAUGCCCAUUUCCUGGGAUAACUUCACCGUGGCGUUCGCCAUGCUGGCCACGCUCAUGUACAUCACCGCCUCCGUGGUCUACCCGGUGUACUUCCUGGAAGCGGACUGUCCUGACGACUUCUGUGAAGUGAAAAUCUACCGCAUUGCCGUGACGGUUUGCUCCUGCAUUUGCUGUUUCCCAUAUGGCACCGAGGUGUUCCUCACUCGGGCUAAACCGGGAGCUGUUGUUGGCUACAUGGCCACAGUUUCCGGGCUUCUCAAGGUGGUCCAAGGAUUUGUGGCCUGCAUCAUAUUCGGAGCCCUGGCUAACUACAGCGAGUACAACUCCUACAUCGCCACCCAGUACUGCGUGGUGGUCUACAGUCUGUGUUUCUCAGUAACCGUCGUGGUGGUGAUCCUAACUGUCUCCGGACGCACAUCCUCCCUGAGGUUUCCCUUCGACCGCUUUGUGGUCGUCUACACUUUCUUGGCCGUCAUCCUCUAUCUCAGCACUGCUCUUAUCUGGCCCAUCUUCAGCUUUGACAGGAAGUACAGCAACAGCACGCGACCUGAGGACUGUCCACGGGGAGAAUGUCCUUGGGACAGCAAGCUAGUGGUGGCAGUCUUUUCCAUUGUCAACCUCAUCCUGUAUUUUGUCGAUCUAAUUUAUUCGCAGAGGAUCCGCUUUAUCUCCAACGCUGCUGUUUGA